AUGGCCAGCUCCUUUGCAAGUUCGGCAAAUAACAACUCAAACAAUUCUGCCAACAAUGGAAACAGCAGCAACAGUGGUGGCGGCAACUCCCGAAGCAGCGCCGCAGAAGCCAACAAGAAGAAAAAGACAAGGACCACCUUCACGUCGUACCAACUGGACGAACUAGAGCGAGCCUUCCAGCGGGCUCCCUAUCCUGAUGUCUUUGCUCGAGAGGAGCUGGCGGUGCGACUUAAGUUGAGUGAAUCUCGUGUGCAAGUCUGGUUUCAGAAUCGUCGAGCCAAGUGGCGCAAGCGUGAGCCACCACGGAAGUCCUUCAUCCACUCGGCGAAUGCGAACAAUCUGGUACAGUUUGCUAAGUCACUGGCCGUCGCCUCUGGCGGCAGUCCCUCCAGUUCAGCAUUGUCCUCCUCUCCAAUGCUUUCCGGUGCCGGGGUGUACGGAGGCGCAGGCGGCUCAGCACUGCACACGGCCAAUCUGAUGGCAUCGGUGAGCAGUCAACAGGCGGCGGCUGCCGCAGCCGCUGCCGCCUCACUGGCCUACGGUCAAACAGCAAGCUCCGGCUACAUGACACAGCUGUCAUCGCCGCCGCCCAACAGCGGCAGCUACUCUCCGCCGCCUGGCACCGGUGCCAACUUUCUCAAUCCCAAUUUGGCGCAGUACUACGGCGGCAGCUCUGGUUACGAUACCAGUUCUUGCCAGUUCGGCAGUCCAGUUCUGGAAGGCUACGGCUCCGGUGGUGGAAAGAUGCUUU